UCCAACUGAGGGGCGUGUGUGUUGUACUGAUCAUGAAAAGGAGAAGAGAGAUGGAGAAAGCAAGAACUGAGAUAAGAUCCGCCAUUGAAGAGCUCUCCCUGAUGGUCAAACUGAACCCUGCCAUGGUCAAGCCCAAUGAUUGCUCUGUCAUCCAAGACCAUCAUGAUGAUCAACAACAUGAUCGAGAACAACAUCAACAUCAUGGCCAAUCCCAUCAAGCUAUCCCCACAAGGCCUUUCCUUUCUCUUUGCACCUUGGUUGUUCAAGUUCUUGAUAAGAUAGGCCCGACAAUGGCUGUUCUCAGACAAGACAUUCAUCAGAACAUUCAGAGAUUGGAGACGGUCUUUGAAUCUGAACCAUCAAGAUACUCGAGCAUAGACGAGAUAUUAAAAAUGGAGGCUCAUGAAGGCAUUGCAAGGAAGACUACGAGCUGUAGCAGAGCGUUUGUCUGGCUGACCAGAUCGAUGGAAUUUACUGUGGCUUUGUUACAGAGACUGGCAAUGGAUCCAGGGCUGAGCAUGGAGCAGGCAGUGGAAGACGCGUAUGCCGUCACCUUGAAGCCAUGGCAUGGCUGGAUUUCUUCGGCCGCCUUCAGAGUGGCUACGAAAUUGGUGCCGGAUAACAAAACCUUCAUAGACCUCCUCGCGGCGAAAGACCAAAGCCGGGAGAGUCUUGUGGAGGAAAUGCAGACAUUCAUUUCAUUACUUGCACCUUUCCUGGAAGAGAUCCACUCUGCUUUGAAACUAUACAGCUUGGAGAGGAUAAAAUCGACUUAAGAAAGUCACAUAAAUAUC